AUGUUCUCACCCAAAAAGCGGAAGUUCUUUUCUCAACCUACGCUUCUUCGACCGACAACCACUAACCGACUCUUCCAACAGCCGUCGCCGACAAAAUGGGUGCUACAUGCCCCGGUUCCCGAGAUUUCUUUUGCAGAUUGCUGUAGUCCUCUCGCUGGAAAAUCACGAUCUCUCAUCGAGUCGUUGAUCAGCCAGCUCGAUCUUUCUCGAGAUUCUCCCUCAAUUGUCUCAACCUGGAAUACGGUCGUUCCUACCAACGACCAAAUCCUGGUCCCUGAGACCCUUCUCAAGAAGCGCAAGUCUCAGGAGAAGGCCCGCGCUGAGCGCGCCGACGCCGUUGAGAAGAAGAAGACUGCCAACAAGGAGAAGCGUCAGGUCAUCUUCAAGCGUGCUGAGAAGUACGUCCAGGAGUACCGCGAUGCUGAGCGUGAGAAGAUCCGUCUUCACCGCGUUGCCAAGUCUGAGGACUCUGCCUACGUCCCUGCUGAGGCCAACCUGAUCUUCGUCGUCCGUAUCAAGGGUAUCAACAAGAUGCCCCCCAAGCCCCGCAAGAUCCUCCAGCUUCUCCGUCUCCUCCAGAUCAACAACGGUGUCUUCGUCAAGGUCACCAAGGCCAUCACUGAGAUGCUCAAGGUUGUCGAGCCCUGGAUCGCCUACGGUUACCCCAACCUGAAGACCGUCAAGGAGCUCGUCUACAAGCGUGGUUACGGAAAGGUCAACAAGCAGCGUGUUGCUCUUACCGACAACGCCAUUGUUGAGGAGAACCUCGGCAAGUACGGCAUUGUCUGUGUUGAGGAUCUCAUCCACGAGAUCUUCACUGUUGGCCCCAACUUCAAGCAGGCCUCCAACUUCCUCUGGCCCUUCAAGCUCUCCAACCCCACUGGUGGUUUCCGUCCCCGCAAGUUCAAGCACUUCAUCGAGGGUGGUGACCUUGGUAACCGCGAGGAGGCUAUCAACGCCCUCGUCCGCCAGAUGAACUAA